AUGGAUCCGGCCAAGCUUGUGCUCCUAGAAAAUCUUUUAAGAUUUCCAGCACAUUCAUCUCAGGUAGUGAAAGAUGCCUCCGUUCUCACAUGUGGCUGUCUUGUCUCAGAAGCACAGUUUGUUCAAUCUCAAUCUUCAAAAUGCCCUGUUUGUUUGGAACCAGCAAUUCUAUCGAAACCCGUUGAACCUCUUAGGCAACUCUAUAGUCUCAUACAGCAGUUUUCCUCGGAGCUAGCUAAUCAACUGAACCGCCGCCCGUCCCUGAAAAGAAGUAUAGGCCUAGGUCCAGAAUUUAGACAGGAAGCUGAGUCUACAAAUUUGGUAGGAUUGUUUUACAAAUAUGCCAAGGAGGAAAACCUGAAAACAGCACGGAAAUCAAGUCAAUCCAAACUGCUGCUGAUUCCAAUUCCGCAGACACAGCUGUCUGCGAACCAGGUUGUUGCCCAAUCGGCGGAUUCUAAACACUCUCUCAAAUUUGCAGAAUCUUCAAUUAUUUCUUCGUCCCCAGAAGAAAAGUUUAUCAACAACACGACAAUCGAAAGACAAAAGUCUAUUCACACACAGCAAAGCUCAGAGCAUGAGUACUCAGAAGAUACGUCAAAAAUGAACAUGCUCAUGGGACUAAGCGAAAGAGAAGAAUACAACUUCAGCCGUUGCUUUCCUUUCCACCGCAAGCUCAGCACAUUCCAGACUCAACAAAAUAAAUUCAUGAUGAAGCCUCGGACGUUUAUGACAAAGUCAACUAAGUUCUGUUGCUCAGAUAUAGUUUCACGGCACGACCCUACUACAAAUGCAGAAAGAACAACGUUUGUGCUCAUUACAGAGAAGAAAUGGGAACUCCACGAACUUGUAUCAGGCGGGAAACCGCGACUCAUAGCUUGCGGAAAGAGUAAUGGUGAAUAUGGACCUCUGCCAGCAGACGUGAAGGUUCCUAAGGAGAGGGGUUUGGUGAUCCGCAAUGAUUUCAGUGGCAAAGAGAAAGGAGAUGAAAACUCCGAUGAUUUAUACUUACGUCUUAAAUCAUGGGUUCAACUAUAUUGCUGUCUUUCAGAACGAUUCUUGGUUAUAUCUGGAACCCAAGGAGUAGUGCGUGUUUUGAACGUUGAUCCUGCUGUUGGUGAAGUGGGAAGUCCAGUGUACACGUAUAUGACCAAUUUUCCCAUCAGAUGUAUUGCUAUAGCACCAAGCGAAAAUCUUAUUGCAUGUGGAAUUACCGCUCUUGAACGCAUUUCUUCAAAGCAACAACCAUUUAUCAUAUUGCAUAAGCUUGAUUUUGAUAAUGGAUUAUUUGUCAAAAUGAGUCCUAUUACAAUCACCGUUCCAUUUCGUGAUCCUUUGAAAAUGUUGAGUUUUAAUGCCUCCUCUACACAUUUGCUUGCGUGCACCGUUUAUGAGAUGCGGUAUUUCAUUAUAAAAUUACGUCGAGAGGACAGUUUAGACUAUUCAAAGCCCCGGCUCAUUUGGAGUGAUAUGCGUAUGACGAAACUGCCAGGUAAAAAACGCAGAGGAACAAAUGAGGAUGAUAUUCUCAACGAAAUGGACGACUCAUAUGUGCAUAAUACGGAUGAUGAUCAAAUGCUAGAUAAUGAAGGAAUUACUUCUGUGAAGUUUGGUUUACCAUUUACAAACACCUUGGUACUCACCUCUUCUUCUUUGAAAAACCGACCUCCAAUAGUUUUGAAGUUGGACGGUCCAUCCAUUGACCAUAGCCAAAGACUUCCCCGUGUGCCUUCAAGCAACUUUUACCAAGAUGUUUUGCUGCAUGUAAGUGCUACACGACUUAUUGACAGUGACGACGAAAAGGCGAACAUUGACGAUGUAGAGGUACUCAUGAAAGUGCCUGAAGUUGGAUCGCUGAUUUACAAUGUGGAAAUUUCUCCCCGUGGCGACGGGAUGGUUUUUGUGGAUAAACUGGGGAAGUUGUACCUUGUCUCCACAAAUAUGCAACUAAGUCACUCUUCGCUGGUAUCUUCCCGCAGGCGGGUUGUUUUAUUGGGCGAAUCUGCGGAUGCUUACAGAUAUAGCGAAGCGACAUCCGUGAGGUUUUCCUCUGACGGCGGAAAAAUAUAUGCUGUGGAUCGCAGGGGCUUGGUCCAAGUAUUUGAUUUCACGAAAGGAAUUCCUGGCGAAGAUCCUGAAGUAAUCAAGUGCAAGAUUAUUAGUGUAUGA